CCCCAUGGCCCUUCCAGCCCCGUUCUCCGCGCCCUCCUCCCUCUGAGCCGCUGGCAACCGUUUCCAUGGCGACCAAGGCCCGCCGUAAGAUGGCGGCCGCGCUGAGGCGAUCUCCGCAGCGUUUCUCGGGCAGCCCCUGCCCGCCAUGAUCACUGCUGUUCUCUGGGCGCUGCUGCUGCUGGGGUCGGAGCGCCCCGCGGGGCGGGCCCAGACCCCGGCUUCGCCAGGGAACCCCGUCUUUCAGCCUUCUUUUAUCCACAUGUCUGGGCCCACAGUCAGUUCAUUUUUAGUUGGGAAUUCAACAGAUGUUGUUCUGGGUGUAAAUGUAAUUCAUGUGAACACUGAGACAGGAGUGUUGCCACUCUCCCACUGCAGUGGGAGUAACAGAUAUGGUGAAUGGAGUUUGAAUGUUUCUCGUGGUAUGAAUGUUUCCAAAGUGACACUAACCUUGAUGAGAAACCUGCAGUUGUGUUUGUCUAAUGCAACUGAUUGCUGCAUGGAGCCACUUUGCGUUGUUGAGACUCUUCAAGUUUCUGCUUGCCGUGGUUCAACAAUGUUGGCAAAUCUCCUGAUUCAAGCUGAAAUAUAUGCCAACUCUUCCUUUACAGGAAAUGUGUCAGAAAAUGCAACAGUCAUCCCUAACCAAGUGUUCCAGCCUCUCGGCUCUUGUCCUUGUAACUUGACAGCUGGAAUUUGUGAUAUUCGUUGUUGCUGUGAUCUGGAAUGCACGCCAGAUUUGAAGCAGUUGUUCAGUGGAUCAUGUUUUACUGGAGUGUUUGGUGGGAAUGUAAACCCACCUUUUGACCAGUUGUGCUCUGUUCAGACAACAAACAGUGCUCCUGACUGGUUUCCCUUCUUGUGCGUACAGUCUUCUCUUAACAAUACACCAUUUCUUGGCUACUUCUACCAUGGCUCUGUUUCUUCAUCUCUAGUUUCUUCAUUUAAGAUUCCUUUGCAAACUGUUCCAGAAAAACCUUUAAGUGGUUACAAACAAGGAGAUCCAAUUAUGACAACAGAGAAUGAGUAUUUUACAAUUCGUCAGCGAUCCAUGGCUGGGCAGUGUGUUGGAAACGCCCCAGUAGCAUUCCUUCAGAAUUUUGAUGUUAAAUGUGUUACUAGUCUGUCAGCUUACAAGGAAGGAUUGUCUCAUAAUGUGGUGAUAAACAGUGGUACUGGAGACACCAUCCAACAAAAUGUGAUCUAUGGGAAUGUAACUGAUGUACGUAACUUCAUCACUAAACCAGAAGACAUUCAGAAUACUGAGGUUUUAUGUAUAAAUGUAACCUUUGCAGAAUAUUAUAUGUUCAUAUGGAAAGGCAAGACAAUAGAGGAAAUAAAUGUCACAGUCCUCAUUGGAGAAUUAUGUGAUGGAGAAAUACUGACACAGAGAUUUUCAAUAAACUUUGUAAGCUUCAAUAGUACUAAUACAACAGAACUAUCUGGAAAUCCAGGUUACCAAGUUGGCAAACCUGUUAGAGCGGUAAAUAUUUCUUCUGAUACUGUUACCACUCUAAAACUUUGGCAGCCAGUUGGCAAUGGUUUGUGUACAUCAGCAACUUUCACACCAGUUCUGUUUGGAUUAAAUUCGCUAUCUGGAUGCAUUUUAGAAGUGAAUAUUAAUGAAGAUUGCGGUCAGUUAAGGGAGGAUGUAACUGAUAGAUUUAAUUCAUUAAUACAAGCUUCUCAUGUUGGGAAGAGAGGCAACUCAAGUUACAGUGAUCUAAAUGACUUGGUGGAAAUAAUACGUUUAGAUCCACCUAAUCCUAGUGCAAAUGCAAGUGUUGGAAAUUUGAAUGGCAUCUGCUCAGAUAUUCCUGCUAACCUUAAUAUUCACAUAAUCACUGCUGAUGUGGGUGCAGUAGAAGGGAUUGCACAGGAAGAGAUACUCGGUGUACAGAUCAGUUUUUCAACAGUGAUAUGGCAAUUCCAGUGUGGGAUUAUCUGUGAAAAUAAGUCCAGUUCUCUUCCUAUUACUGCUUCAGUCCAGUUUAUUAAAGUACCAGCUCAACCACCCAUUCCAAUGACAAGAUUUCAGAUUAACUAUACAGAAUAUGACUGCAAGCGAAAUGAAGUUUGCUGGCCACAACUCUUUUAUCCAUUGACAUGGUAUUACACAGGAGAACCAUACUCUCAGCGUCUUGCCAAAGGCUUGAUACUGGCAUUUUUCUUUCUACUCGCAGCUGUUCUGAGUAAUCCUUGGAGCAGAAUCCUUAAACUCAGCGCCCUGCCCCUUUCCCCGCGAGCUCUGCCGCUCGGCCCGGGGGCGGGGCGGAGGAGCGCCGGGCUCGCCGCCGCUCGGCCGCGCUGCCCCGGCCUGCUGAGGGGGAGGCUUAGACACCGGAAGCGGCUGGAGUUGCUGCUCGCGGACGCAGGAGCUGAGCUCUCUCCAUGGCCCCGGGGAUGGGGGAGCCCGCCGAGUCCCGCGGGAGGCGGUCGCGCUACAGGGCCCGGUGAUCCUCGUCAGCCCGUUUGGCGUGUGGGGGCCGGGAGGCCGCAGCCUCCACCCCACGCCGGCCCAGGGCUCAUCAUGGGCUCCCUGUUCCGCAGCGAGAGUAUGUGCCUGGCCCAGCUCUUCCUGCAGGCGGGCUCGGCCUAUGAGUGCCUCAGCGAGCUGGGCGAGAGGGGCCUGGCCGAGUUCAGAGACCUCAACCCCAGUGUAAGUGUAUUUCAGAGAAAAUUUGUGGGUGAAGUGAAGAAGUGUGAAGAAAUGGAAAGGAUACUUGGAUUUCUAGUUCAAGAAAUUAAGAAAGCUGAUAUUCCUCUUCCUGAAGGAGAUACUGCUCCUGCUGCCCCUCAUCUUAAACACAUGUUAGAAAUCCAGGAACAGUUGCAGAAGCUCGAGACAGAAUUGAGGGAGGUGACUAAAAACAAAGAAAAGUUGAAGAAAAACCUGCUUGAGUUGACAGAGUAUACAUACAUGUUGCGGAUCACACAAACCUUUGUCAAAAGACCCGUUGAGUAUGAAUCCAGUUUACAUGCCAAUUAUGAGGAAUUCCCAUCUUUAGAAAAUGAUCCUUUGGUGGACUACACUUGUAUGCAUAGACUGGGUGCCAAGCUAGGAUUUAUAUCUGGUUUAGUUCACCAAGCAAAAAUUGAAGCAUUUGAAAAAAUGCUAUGGAGAGUCUGCAAAGGAUAUACCAUUCUUACUUAUGCAGAGCUGGAUGAAUGUCUGGAAGAUCCAGAUACAGGUGAAAUCAGAAAAUGGUUUGUGUUUUUAAUAUCCUUUUGGGGUGAACAGAUUGGCCAGAAGGUUAAGAAGAUAUGUGACUGCUAUCAUUGUCAUGUAUACCCCUAUCCCAAUACCACUGAGGAGCGCAGAGAUGUUAUUGAAGGACUAAACGUUCGCAUUCAGGAUCUUCAUGUUGUGCUGCAUAAAACUGAGGAUUACUUACGACAAGUAUUAUGUAAAGCAUCAGAAUCCAUUUAUACUUGGGUUAUCCAAGUGAAGAAGAUGAAAGCCAUUCAUCAUGUACUAAACCAGUGCAGUUUUGAUGUCACAAAUAAAUGUUUAAUUGCUGAGGUUUGGUGCCCAGUAGGUGAUCUGCCAAACUUGCGUCGAGCACUCGAGGAAGGAUCAAGAAAGAGCGGAGCUGCAAUCUCUUCAUUCAUGAACACCAUACCAACAACAGAAACGCCUCCAACUUUAAUACGUACCAAUAAAUUCACUUCAGGGUUCCAAAACAUUGUUGAUGCUUAUGGAGUUGGGAACUACAGAGAAGUUAAUCCAGCCCUCUACACCAUUAUCACCUUCCCCUUCUUAUUUGCUGUUAUGUUUGGAGACUUUGGACAUGGUCUUCUAAUGUUUAUCUUUGCCCUCUUAAUGGUACUUUAUGAAAACCACCCUCGACUAAUUCGAUCACAAGAUGAGAUCAUGAAAAUGUUCUUUGAAGGGAGAUACAUAAUUUUGUUGAUGGGUCUAUUUUCUGUAUACACUGGCUUGAUUUAUAAUGACUGUUUUUCAAAGUCAUUAAAUAUAUUUGGUUCUGGAUGGAAAAUUUCUGCAAUGUUUAAACAUACCUGGCGUCUUGAUGAUUUGAAGUCUAAUCGAUAUUUGACAUUGGAUCCAAAUGUUACUGGAGUGUUUAAUGGAGUUUAUCCCUUUGGCAUAGAUCCGAUCUGGAACCUGGCAAGCAACCGUCUCAGUUUUUUAAAUUCUUUCAAAAUGAAAAUGUCUGUGAUUUUUGGAGUGACUCACAUGACUUUUGGAGUUAUUUUGGGGGUCUUUAACCACUUAUAUUUCAGGAAGAGGCACAAUGUUUAUUUGGUUUUCCUUCCUGAACUUUUAUUCAUGCUGUGCAUCUUCGGGUAUCUUGUAUUUAUGAUCAUCUUUAAAUGGCUAGCUUAUUCUGCAGAAAACUCCAGAUCUGCUCCCAGCAUUCUGAUUCAGUUUAUUAACAUGUUUCUAUUUCCCACUAGUGGAAUGGACACCUUUUAUACAGGACAGGUUAUUUUUCAGAGAUUUUUAUUUAUUGUUGCUUUGCUUUCUGUUCCUGUAAUGCUUUUUGGAAAACCACUUUAUUUGUAUUGGUUGCACCGUGGAGGCCGAGGCAUUGGAACGUACAGAAGUGGCUACAGACUUGUUCGAAAAGAAAGUGAAGAAGAACUUUCUUUAUUGGGAUCACAUGAUGUGGAGGAAGGAAGCAGCCCUUCAGACAGUGGGCACAGAGAAGGGGAUGGAGAAGAGUUUAACUUUGCAGAUGUUUUUAUGAAUCAGACUAUUCAUACCAUUGAAUACUGUCUAGGAUGCAUCUCCAACACUGCUUCAUACCUGAGACUCUGGGCACUAAGUCUUGCUCAUGCACAGUUAUCAGAAGUGCUGUGGGCGAUGAUAAUGAGAGUGGGCCUUCGUGUGGAUGCAGCAUAUGGAAUCUUGCUGUUAGUUCCAGUUUUAGCCUUCUUUGCUGUGUUAACAGUAUUCAUUCUUUUGGUCAUGGAAGGUCUUUCUGCUUUUCUACACGCUGUACGACUUCAUUGGGUGGAAUUUCAGAACAAGUUCUACACCGGUGGAGGUUACAAGUUUACUCCUUUUUCCUUUAAGCACAUUUUUUUACAUUUUAAUAAAGAUGAUAUUGCAUAAUUUUAUUGGCAUAAGCGGAGGUGUUCAGAGUUGUCUGCAAAUCAUGUAAUUAGAUCUCACUGAUGUACAGUUUGUAGAAAAAUGUGUUUUUCACUGAUUGCCUUAUAAUGUAGCCAAAUAAUUCUGUAAUAUAUACCUCCUUCAGACAAAUACAUUGCCGAUCUGGAGCCUCUUGUAAAAUAUAUAGGCAUAAAAUGUAUGUUUUUUUCAUAAUAAACUAAUGUUGUAAAUUAAUUUUAAGAUAAUUCUAAAAAAUCUUAUUGCUUGUUCUAAAAAUAAGAAAGGUAUUUUAUUUCCAGAAGAGACUGUUUAUAUUCUUUAAUGAAUACUUUUAAAGGAUCUUAAUUACCUUAAUUUCCUUUUCGUCAUAUAAAAUACACAGCAAGAUUACUGUAUAUUACUCAUGUGAUCACACCCUCUCAUUAACUUAACUGCUGCCAGAUUCCACUAGGUGGCAAUUUAACAUUAAACAGUGUAUAUUUUCAGUAGUUAUUCCCAGGAGAUUACCAAAAAUAGUAUAAACCAGUAAAUAUUAAUAUAAAAUGCUCUUUUGGGGCUAUUUUUAAAAGUACACCAACACAACAUUUUGUGUCUUGAAUUCUGCCCAGAAUUAUUACUUUAAUCUUUGCAAGUGCACAUCCUGAAGCUUCAUUUGAUAAAAGAAAAAUUAAGGGCAGGUAGGGGAAACCCAACUAUGUUCUUUUUUAUCUCCCUUCAUUGAGUUUACAGUCUUAUGCCCCAAUUUUGCUAAAUGAUCUGUGUGGGUGGACUCCUAUACUUGUGUGGAACUCCACUGGGUGCAGGGAUUGCCCAUCCAAACCAUUUUGCAGGAUCAGGGCCUUAAUGAUGUCUUUAACAGGUGACUCAAAUUGUAUAGCAGAAUAUGUUGUAUUAAAUGCUCAUUCUACAGACCUUUCACAUGCAAAGUUCCCAUUAAUGGGAACUAUAUUUUUAUGACGAGUGCAGAAUCAGGCCUUAAAUGUAUUCCGUAUAUAUUUGGCUUUAAAGACAUUUAUGGAUAUAACUUGACUGGAGUGACUGGUUUAUCUGAUGUUAUUGAACCAACGUUGUUGGUUAAGAAAUGUUACUUAAAAGCGUAUAUGUGAGGGGAAGAGACAGUGCUUUUGCAUUUUUUAUAUCAAAAUGAAAAUUGGGAUAUUUUACCAUAAUAGUUUGACAUUUGUGCCAUAAGAACAGCAUAAGUUAAUGUUUACAUUUUUCUUUUAUACUGAUUCCAAAUAAAAUAUAAUUGCCAUUUGCAGAA